AUUUGACAAUCACAGUUUAGGCGGAUUUUUGUUGAACCAGAAGCUCUUCAGCUGUUGUGCUUGCGUUUUACCAAUAAAAUUGGUGAAAAUCCUGUGCAUUCCUGAAAAACCGAAGUAAAGUGCUGCUAAAUUAUCAGUAUUUAUCAGAAGAAAACAAGGUAUUUCCCUCGAUCGCAUUUUGGUAGAAGUUUAAGCAAAGAUAAUGGAUCAGUCCAACAGCUCGGAAACCGCCGGAACGUCCAACCAGGAUCGCUCCUGGGUGACCUUGGGUGAGCUUCUGAAGGAGCAGGAGGAACUCGAGGCCGAAAGCGAUGCCGUUUUGGGCGGAUCGGAUGACAAAAACUGCACGUAUUCGCGGGGCUACAUUGGACGCCAGGCUCUGUACGCUUGCAUGACCUGCUUGCCAGAAGGGAGAGUGAAUGAGGAGAAGCGAGCGGGAGUUUGCCUAGCCUGUUCCUAUAAAUGCCACGAGGGGCACGAUUUGAUCGAACUGUACACCAAGAGGCACUUUCGCUGCGACUGCGGAGGGAAACGAAUGCCGGAUGUUCGUUGUAAGCUGGAUCCGCUCAAGAUAGAGGCAAAUCAGCAGAACCAGUACAAUCAGAAUUUCAGUGGCACCUACUGUACUUGCCAUCGGCCGUAUCCGGAUCCGGAGGACGACGUGGAAGACGAGAUGAUUCAGUGUGUUGUUUGCGAGGAUUGGUAUCACUCCAGACAUCUGGGCACGGAGGACGUUCCGAGCACCUCGAAGGAUUUCGCGGAGAUGAUCUGCGGAGGAUGUGUGCAGAGGGUUGGAUUUUUGCGGAAUUAUGUCGGGAAGAUUGAAGACGCGGCGAACCAGACGCAACUGAAUGACACGGUGCAGGUGGACGUGACCGGCAUGGACGAAUCGAACGUGGCCGAAGCGAGUACCGUUUCGAAUGAUGAGAGUAAAGUUGAGGCUACGGAUUCGGAGUGCGAACCCAGCGAAGCUAAGCGAGUUAAAUUGGAUAUCUGCACUAAACCUCCGUAUGACGAAGGUGACCCUGCCGGUUAUAAGAAAGGUGCCACGUUCUGGAACGAGGGCUGGAGGAAUUUCCUUUGCCGUUGCACCGAUUGUACGUCCUUGUAUAAAACCCACAAAGUGGAGUUCCUCCUGGACGAAAAGGAUACCGUCCAGUGGUACGAAGAGCACGGCCGCCAAAAGCAGAAGCAGGACGACGCAACCACCGACGAUCAAGCGAUGGAAGCCUUCAACAAAAUGGGACGCGUUCAGCAGGUGGAAUUUCUGACCGGGGUCAAUCACAUGCAGGUCCGGUUGAGGGAAUUUCUGGACACAUUCGUCACUAACCAUCAGGUCGUGACGGAGAAGGAUGUGCACGAGUUUUUCGCCAAGCUGAAGAAGGAACGAUCGGAGACGGCUGGGGCGCCGUCGCACUUUUGCCGUUGAGUUUCAUCGCAUGUUUUUGUAUAUUUUUGAUAUUUUUUUUUGUAUUCUAUCCAAUGCAUUCGAAUUGUAUUUGUACCAUUUAAAGCUCAGCAUCCAAGUUUGUCGAUAGACGUCAAUGAAACUAACGAUAUCUUUUAAAGGGUCAAUAAAAUAUCGUAUAUUCAAAUAAAAGCAUAUUGACAAAGUUUA